UCGGCACCUUCUGUUCGACAAUUCCGUGAUGGAAUAAUAAAAUUUUUUUGCAAUAUAUAAAGAAGCUCGAUGGAGUUUUCGAUUGAUUCAGUCAAACGAGGAUAAUCGUCCCGUUUACUGCAACACUAAGAUUUUCCUCGAAAUUGAUUAUUGUCGUGGUUGUCUCGUUUAAAAAGAAAAAUGAAUUUUUUCAUUGUGAUAUACGUUAUAAUUGUGAGUGUACAGAUGUUCCAUGGAAAUGCUUUUGCAGACAAGAAAAACAAUCGUGAAAAAAGAAGACUGUCAGAAUCGGAAAUCUGUAAAUUGGAAGAGGAAUGGCGGGUGAAAGUUAAAUGUCCGGAAGGCCAGUUACCCGAUCAAAAUGGAAAAUGCCGUGAAAUUUGGAUAUUCACUUGUAAGCCAUGCAAAGAAGGCCUUCGUCCUGGUGAAAAUGGUAAAUGUAUUGAAGUUUGGUCUCCGACACCGUCACACAUCAUUGGCGCACCGACAUAUUGCUCCGAAGGAUAUCGAUUGCAUAACGGUGUAUGCAAAAGGGUUAUUUAACUUCUUUAGUUUUGCAUUAGACAUUUGAAGUGUUUUCCAAAUAAAUUUUGAAUGAUC